CGCGGCUGCAUUCUGAGGACCCUGGGGUUCCUGGCAGCGUAAGGGGCUGGGAGAAGGGAGCAGGGGGAAGGUCUGGCAGAGAAUUGAAGCCCCAGAGGAGCCCUGGGGGUGAUGGUACCUGCCCAGGGCCGACUUCCCUUUCCUGGGCUUAGAUCCCGCAGGCCCCAACCUGCCUCCCCCACACUCCUGCCUGCCCCUUGGGCCUGGCAGCAGCCCCACCUGUGUGGCACCUGCGUCUCCCACCCUGCUCCUUGGAAUGGUGAAGGGUGCGGGAGCCCAGAGGGGCCAGGAUCCCAUCUGGGCUGGGACUGUGGGGAGGGAGCAGCAGGGACAGGAGAUCAGAGAGGCUGGGAGAUGAGGAGGACAGAGAGGGAUUUAGACACAGAAGUGGAGGGCGGCAGAGCAAGAGACAGAGAUGGAGGGAGACAGGGACAGAAAGACACAAAGAAAGAUACAAAGAAUUACAGGAGACAUGCACAGAGAGACUGGGAGAGAAAAACAGAGUUAGAAAAAGAGAAAAGGCACAGAGACACAUAGGGACAGAAAGAAAAAGGACACAAACACACACGCACACAGAAUUAUAGGAAGGCAGGAGAGAUAGAGACAGAUUCAGAGUAACAGGGAAGGAUGCAGACAGACGGAUGGACACAGAGGUGGGGGGAAACAGAAAAGCAGAGAGAAGAGGGGCUUGGGGAGGUGACAACGGCAGGUGGACAGCACCUCCAAGGCCUCGGGAGGGAGGGCGCCCCACACCCCGCCCCGGGCAAUAAGGCAGGGCUGGGAGGUACCGUCAUCCUGGGCCUGUCUGGGUCCACCCCCUGCCUGCUCGCCUUCCCGGUGCCUCCCCCUCCGGGACCCAGCCUGCCUCAUCGGCCACCACUGCAGGGCCCCCAGAGCCCAGGAACCUGGGGCCUGCCCUCCCUCCCUCCAGGCCACGAUGGCUCUGCGGUGGGUCACGUUUGCUCUGCUGACAGGGCACGUAAGGGGAGAGACCAGGAUCAUCAAAGGCUACGCGUGCCCUCCUCAUUCCCAGCCCUGGCAGGCGGCUUUGUUCCAGAACACACGGCUGCUUUGUGGGGCAACCCUCAUCGCCCCCAAAUGGCUCCUGACUGCAGCCCACUGCCGCAAGCCCCGAUAUGUCGUUCAUCUGGGAGAACACAACCUCCGGCAAAGGGAUGGCUGUGAGCAGAUUCGAACAGCCACUGAGUCCUUCUCCCACCCACACUUCAACAACGGCGUCCCCAACAAAGACCACCGCAACGACAUCAUGCUGGUGAAAAUGGCAACCCCAGCCUUGAUCACCUGGGCUGUGCGACCCCUCACCGUGUCAUCGCACUGUGUCACUGCUGGCACCCGCUGCCUCAUGUCUGGCUGGGGCACCACGUCCAGCCCCAAGUUACACCUGCCCCAUACCUUGCGAUGUGCCAACAUCUCCAUCAUUGGGCACAAAGAGUGUGAGGCCGCCUACCCCGGCAACAUCACAGACACCAUGGUGUGCGCCAGCGUUCGAGAAGAGGGCAAGGACUCCUGCCAGGGUGAUUCUGGGGGCCCUCUGGUCUGUAACGGGUCUCUUCAGGGCAUCAUCUCCUGGGGCCAGGACCCAUGUUCUGUCAGCAGAAAGCCUGGUGUUUACACAAAGGUCUGCAAAUAUGUGGACUGGAUCCAGAAGACUAUGGAGAGCAAUUAGCCAGGACCAGCUCAUCACAGCCCAAUCCCUUCAUCCCUACUCGGGGCUGUGGUUCCUGUUCAUUCUGUUAGUAAUGAAGCCUGAUCCAGGACCCCUUUAUGUACCUUUCUGGGGGCCUUCUUGACUAUGAGAGAUGCUGUAGCUUAAUAAUCCAUUUGGAGUUUGGAGUUAGGAGACCUGGGCUCUACUCCUGCCUCAUACGAACUUGUGACUCUGGGAGUGAAAAUUGUUGUUUGGUUCACUGUUGUACCUCCAGUCCCAAACACAAUUCCUGGCACACACCAAGGUUUCAAUAAAUAUUCACUAAACAAA